AUGACAUGCAAAGUACAAGAGCUGACUGGAGGUAAUAGUUAGUAUUGUCAUAGUCCAAAAAUAAACGGCUGCUAAAUUUGUUCAACUGCUAUGGUUUGCUACAAGUUUAUGAGAACUCUGAUAUCACUUUUUGCUAUAGCACAGUGCUAUCAUGAUUGAACUAACAGCCAUAAUCAGAUUGCCAUGUAUAGAAUUUAUGACUCACUUGGAGGGGAACUAUACAACAUAAAUUGACAGGUGCAAUGUAGUGGUUAUGGUGAUUGCAGUGUUCCUUUAAGUAAAUUAUUCCACAAUUAUGUUAGGACGGACACAGCCAGGGUACACAAUGCAUUAGAGCAGGAGCAUUAUCGGUGUUUUUCCACCUCCAUUUACUAUGUUCUAUGUUAGAAGAGAGCAUUUAAUUUUAUUUCACGAUCACUAUGGGACAGGAGAGGGAAAAAACCACUAUGGGACAGGAGAGGGAAAAAAACCACUAUGGGACAGGAGAGGGAAAAAAAACAAACCAUGGGACAGGAGAGGGAAAAAAAAAACACGAUGGGACAGGAGAGGGAAAAAAACCCACCAUGCAGGCCGGCGUGUCCAUAAGGCGGAACAAACGGCCGCCUGAGGGCGCACCGGCCUCCAUGGGACAGGAGAGGGGAAAAAAACACUAUGGGAUAGGAGAGGGGAAAAAAAAACACUAUGGGACAGGAGAGAGGAAAAAACACACUAUGAGACAGGAGAGGGGAAAAACACACUAUGGGACAGGAGAGGGGAAAAACACACUAUGGGACAGGAGAGGGGAAAAACACACUAUGGGACAGGAGAGGGAAAAAAACACUAUGGGACAGAGGGGCACUAUGGGACAGGAGAGAAAAACACUAUAGGACAGGAGAGGGCACUAUAGGUUGGGAGGCUACUAUAUAGGACAGGAGGGACAGGAGAGGAAAAACACUAUGGGACAGGAGAAAACACUAUAGGACAGGAGGAGGAAAAACAUAGGACAGGAGGGGCACUAUGGGACAGGAGAGGAAAAAACACUAUGGGACAGGAAAGGGAAAAAAAACACUAUGGGACAGGAAAGGGAAAAAAAACACUAUGGGACAGGAAAGGGAAAAAAACACUAUGGGACAGGAGAGGGAAAAAAACCCACCAUGGGACAGGAGAGGGAAAAAAACCCCACCAUGGGACAGGAGAGGGGAAAAAAACCCACCAUGGGAAAGGGGAGGAAAAAAACACUAUGGGACAGCGGAAGAGGGGGAGGAAAGAACACGUUGGGGGGAAAAGAACACUCUGGGACUGAGGGGGGAAAAGAACACUCUGGGACUGAGGGGGGAAAGGAACACUCUGGGACUGAGGGGGGAAAGGAACACUCUGGGACUGAGGGGGGAAAGGAACACUCUGGGACUGAGGGGGGAAAGGAACACUUUCUGGGACUGGGGAAUUUGCUCUGGGACUGGGGAAGAACACUGGGACUGGGGGGGGAAAGGGAACACUCUGGGACUGAGGGCACUCUGGGACUGGGGAGAACUGCUCCUGGGACUGAGGGGGGAACCUCUGGGACUGAGGGGGAAAAGGAACACUCUGGGACUGAGGGGGCUGCUCUGGGACUGAGGGGGGAAAGGCACUCUGGGACUGAGGGGAAAGGCACUCUGGGACACAGGGGGGGAAAAGAGCACUCUGGGACUGAGGGGGAAAGAACACUCUGGGACUGAGGGAGAACACUAUGGGACGAGGGGGGAAGAACACUAUAGGACGGGGAAGAACACUAUGGGACGGGGAAAGAGACACUAUGGGACGAGGGGGAAGGAACACUAUGGGACUGAGGAAGAACACUAUGGGACUGAGGGGGAAGGAACACUAUGGGACUGAGGGGGAAGGAACACUAUAGGACUGAGGGGGAAGAACACUAUGGGGGGAGGGAGAAGGAACAUAUGGGGGAGGGAAGGAACACUUUAUGGGGGGGAGGGGAAGAGGAACACUAUGGGGGGAGGGAGGGAGAGAACACUAUGGGGAGGAAAAGAAGAACACUGGGGAGGGAAAGAACACUAUGGGGGAGGGAAAGGAAACACUUUAUGGGGGAGGAAAAAACACUAUAGGGAGGGAAGAGAACACUAUGGGGAGGAAAGAACACUAUGGGGAGAGGAAGGAACACACUAUGGGGGAGGGGGAAGAGAACACUAGGGGGAGGAACACUAUAGGGGAGAGGGAAGAGAACACUAUAGGGAGGGAGAACACACUAUAGAGGGAGGGAGAGGGAACACUAUAGGGAGGGAGAGGAACACUAUAUAGGGAGGAAAGGAAGGAACACUAUAGAGGAGGGUGAGGAACACUAUGGGGAGGAAAACACUAUGGGAGGCUACUAUGGGAGGGAGAAGAACACUAUGGGGAGGAAGAACACUGGCGGGAGGAAGAACACUGGCGGGGAGGGGGGAAAGAACACUGGCGGGGAGGGGGGAAAGAACACUGGCGGGGAGGGGGGAAAGAACACUGGCGGGGAGACAGAGGAACUUUAAGGGAG